CUUUAAGCAUGAUUGGAGCUGGCAAUUGGAAGAGAUUGAAUUGGAUAAUGGUUUGCGUUGAGAAUUUGGUUCUGUAUUUUUUGACGGUGAGUCACCAAGGUGGCAUGUCUUUUUCGGAAAAUAAAUAAAAAAAGCUUCAUAAUUCUGAUAUAUUUUCUUUCUACUAUUUUAAAUAUUUAUCUACCGAGGAAAUCAAGGAAGAACCAAGUACGAGAAAGAGGUAAUCAAAUCAAUACAUAACAUAACAUAACAUAACAUAACAGCUUUGAACUAUUGGAAAACAAGUUGCUUGUGUUGUGCUCUUUCUAUGAUCGGACCAAUUAGUUUGUCUAUAGAACAUGGAUCCUUCAUCAUCUUCUCAAUUUGUUUCCUCAAGAAAUAUUGGUGUAUAUGAUCCUAUACACCAAUUUACUAUAUGGGAAGAACAUUUCAAGAGUAAUGGUGAUUCAAGUGUAUAUGAACCUGAAAUGAAGUUAAAUAAUCAGUCAGAGGAUGCUUCUUUUGGAAUAUUGGGAACAUCUAUCAAGUAUGACCACCAAGAAGCUAACAAAGUUACUAAUAAGGUAAGAUUUGUAUUGCUACUUGCUUGGUAUCAUGGUGAGUUUGUCAAAAUCACAGUGAGCUAUCGUGAUUUUGCAAAAGCUACACUGUGUCGCUUCAACAUAAUCAAGAUGCAAAGACGUCUCGCACAAAAUCGAGAGGCUGCUCGUAAGAGUCGUUUGAAGAAGAAGGCUCAUAUACAACAGUUAGAAUCGUGUCGUUUAAAGCUGUUACAGGUAGAGCAAGAGCUAGAUCAUACAAAACAGGGAUUGUAUAUUGGUGGUGGAUUGGAUUCUAAUAAUUUAGGUUUUGCUGGCUCUGUAAAUUCAGAAAUAGCAACUUUUAAGAUGGAGUAUGAACACUGGGUGGAAGAGCUAAACAGACAAAUGUUGGAAUUGAAAGGUGCUUUAAGUGCUCAUAGCAGUGAUAUACGAAUUGGGGAACUUGUAAAUGGCCUCAUGAAUCACUAUUUCAAACUAUUUUGCAUGAAAUCUGAUGCUGCAAAAGUAGAUGUUUUCUAUGUUAUCACUGGCAUGUGGAAAACAACAGCUGAAGGGUUUUUCUUGUGGAUUGGAGGUUUUCGCCCCUCCGAACUUCUAAAGGUUCUGGUCCCUUUAAUUGAACCAUUGACAGAGGAACAACGGUUUGAUGCCUAUAAUCUUGAGAAGUCAUGCCGACAAGCAGAAGAUGCCCUUUCACAAGGUAUGGAAAAACUACAGGGAAUGCUUGUUGACACAGUUGCAGCAGGACAACUCGUUGAAGGAACUUACAUUCCACAGAUGGAUAUCGCAAUAGAGAGGCUGGAAGCUCUGGCUAGCUUUGUGAACCAGGCUGAUCAUCUUCGACAGGAAACGUUGCAACAGAUGUCUCGAAUACUUACCGUACGUCAAACUGCUCGAUGGCUGCUUGCUUUGGGUGAAUACUUUCAACGCCUAAGGGAUUUGAGCAAACUUUGGACCAAUCGUCCUCGUGAACCUGCAUAGUCUUCAUGCAAGAGAUAGAAGAGCAAACCUGUAAUUUUAGCUCCAUGAUCAUGAUUAUAGCCCAACUUAUCAAGUGUUACGUUCAAAAAACCAUGUCCAGGGUCCCGGUUGCUGGCAAAGUUGUACAUUAUGAAGUUGUAAAUAUAACUCCCCAUUUAUGAAUAGGUGAUUAUGGUGAAUCUAUUGGUAUUCGUAGUGUAAAAUGUGUAGUACAACUUAAUUGCAAAUCUGAGCGUUUUUUUCUAGAUGUGUUUUGAAUUUGGCAAGGAAGUAAAAUAUGAUUUUUCAAA